GUGGAGAAAUUCGGUGAUUUAAUUUUGAAAGCGACUGAACCGCAAAUGGUUCUGUUCAAUCUUUAUGACGAUUGGCUAAAGACGAUCUCCAGUUACACGGCGUUUUCACGAGUUAUUCUGAUAAUGCGAGGUAUGCACAUAAAUCCGGACAAGACAAAGGUGAUCUUGAAACCCGACAAAACGACGAUCACCGAACCGCAUCACAUAUGGCCGUCGUUGGGUGAUGAGGAAUGGAUUAAGGUUGAAUUGGCAUUGAAAGAUAUGAUAUUAGCUGAUUACGGUAAGAAGAAUAACGUCAACGUUGCGUCGUUAACGCAAAGUGAAGUGAGGGACAUCAUUCUGGGUAUGGAAAUCAGUGCGCCAUCUGCCCAAAGGCAACAGAUCGCUGAAAUUGAAAAACAGACGAAGGAGCAGAGUCAGGUGACGGCAACAACAACGCGAACCGUCAAUAAGCACGGCGAUGAAAUUAUAUCGGCAACUACAAGUAAUUAUGAGGUGACGGCAACAACAACGCGAACCGUCAAUAAGCACGGCGAUGAAAUUAUAUCGGCAACUACAAGUAAUUAUGAGAGUCAAACGUUCGCAUCGCGCACUGAAUGGCGUGUACGUGCAAUCAGUUCAACGAAUCUCCAUCUUCGAACGCAACACAUUUAUGUGAAUUCGGAUGAUGUCAAAGAUACGGGUUAUACCUACAUUCUACCUAAAAAU